AUGGACAAAAUACAUCGAACAUCUCGGAUACUUACUAUUGUUGGUGUGGUAAGUGCUCUGAAUGCUUUUUUGGCUGGUUGUAUUCAAGCGGAGAAGUCGUAUCAUACGGAGCACUUCACUAAUACUCACUGGAUUACUAUCAUAUCACUAUUUGCUGGCAUCGCGUCAUCUCUCUGUCCAUCCUUCACUGUCCUGUCCACUUCAUCCAUUUUUGUUAUCAUUGUGGACAUAUUCGCCUUAGCCAUUUGUUCUGCUGCAGUCAUUGCUGAUUUUUUCAAUGUGAUCGCUAUUUGCAAGGAUUUCAGUUCGCUGACAAAGAAUGUUUUCGUCACAAGGAUACAGGUGUAUGGACUGCUUAGCUAUAGUACAGUGGAUAUGGUUCUCAGCGCAGUAUCGGUAGCAUUAAUUCUGCUGAUACUCUCAUCCUGUCAUCGAUGUUUCCUGGAUGUGCAGAUGGAAAGACAUUCCAUACCAUUAUCUAUCAUCGGUUGCGCUCUUAUCGUCACUUCCAUGCUUAAAUUUUUCUCCUGGAUUGCCGAAUUAUACUUUUUACGCUCUAUCGGCAAUGUUAUUCGUUAUACUUUCAUACAUUAUACUACUGAUGAACCUCUCUGGAUUAUGCUUAAUGUCGCUCUUGGUAUUUUUUGUAUUCUACGAGUUCCAACAAAUUCUCCAACACGAAUAAUAACCUUCUGCCUCUCUUCAAUAAGCAUUUAUCCAACAGUUACUUAUUUAUGGAUUGAUUACCGAUGGUUUUCUAACGCUGUAAUUUCUGGGGCAGCAUUUGCGAAGUGGAUACCAGACUGGUUAUCAGUGCUCAGUUUAAGUACUGGCAUUGCACAUGUUGUGUUGUUAAUUAUUCUAACUUUGAUCCUUAUUAAUUCAUGUGGGCAACCACUUCACAUGAAUUUCUCGUCCCAAUUUAGGACAUUUCUCUUCAUAUCAGGUAUAAUAGCAGGUACAAUUUCUAUAACACUUUUUGCAUUCGAUAUUAUAUCGACUCGUUUAGAGGCGUUUUAUAAAAUUUUCCAUGGCAAUGAGCAAAAGGCGCCAUUCUUGACGACCUUAGUCACCGCAUUCCUAUUUUUUGCUUCUGCUAGAGAGGUCAAUUUCUUCGUGAUCCCUGCAUUACUAACGACAUUGCUAUUUUGCAUCCAGUCCACAACAUUCCUACUUAUCUCAUAUCUCUACCUCUCAUGGAAUGGAUAUUAUGCCGAUGAAGUGUGUGAAAUAUUUUACCGUGGUUCCGCCUGGUGCACCAAUUAUUUGACUAUAUCUGGCGCCAUAUCUCAUUUCGUGGAAGCAAUUUUAUAUUUUUGUGUUCUUGUUGCAUCCUGUGCUCUGGCUUUCAUUAUCUGGCGAGUGGUACAAAUAAAUCCGCGCCGUGGCUCCUACAACAUUGGUGGGAAAAGUACGGUGGCUAUAAAAUUGGAGAAAUUAAUUGAGAAAAUUGGCUUUGCUCUGCUAAUUGCCGGUGUCGUGGUGUUUAUCGCUACUAUGUAUGAAUUUAUAUGGAAUUCAUCGAGACAUCCGUUAAUUGUUUUGCUUACCUCACUUUAUCACAUGUCCCUUACCGUAACUCUUCUCAUUUUUCCUCUUUAUCAGAUUAUCGUUAGUCAAGAUUUAUAUGCGAACUUGCUGCAUUGUACAUGCCUACUGAUGAUUAACACAAUUCGUUUCGCGGACAUUCUGACACAGUUGGACUAUCGAAACAUUGGUGAGGCGAUCAGUUGGUCAUGGAGAAUACACAAUACAGCGGAAGUGUUUGCAUUAGGUGCUCAUUUUGCAACAAUCAUAUGGUGUCUUAGGAUUCUUGAUAUAGUUAACAAUUCUAGGAUUUCUCAUACGCCACAGCCUUUUGUGGAAUUCAGGAAUCCAUUAAGUACAGAUGAAAUGACUGUUCAACACUAUACUUACUCGUUUCAAGAUAUGUGA